UACGGUAUUUAGUAGCACUACUAUUGUAUUGUAUCUCAAUAACGACACCGUAUUCACACCUAAAGACCCAAAUUUCCGAUUCCAAAACCUCUCCGACUCCAAAAUCCCACCGGAAAAUGGCCUCCGCGAUCCGACUCGUGACGGAGAGAACCGGCGACGGCAUCGGACAACCAUUCAUCGACUCCCACACCGGCGAAGAGCUGAUGCUCGUGCAGCCCGGCGUCUCUAUCGUCCUCGGCAGCAGCAGCCUUCAGCCUGAACUUCCCGGCACUCUCUACCUCACCAGCAGGCAAGUAAUUUGGCUGAGCGACUCGGAUAGGGCGAAAGGCUAUGCCGUCGAUUUUAUUUCGGCGUCGCUUCACGCUGUUUCCAGAGAUCCCGAGGCUUAUCCUUCUCCUUGUAUCUAUGCUCAGAUUGAGAAUGGGGCUGAGGAAGACGGAUCUGAAGAUUCAGAGUCUGAAACUGACGAUACACUAAACUUAUCCAAGAUAACCGAGAUGAGAUUUGUGCCCUCAGAUCCUAAUCAAUUGGACAGACUAUUUACUGUAUUCUGUGAAUGCGCUGAGCUGAAUCCUGAUCCAGUCGAAGAGGAUGAGGGUGAAAAUAAUUGGAUUUUCAGUGCCGAUCAGCUGGAAUUCAAUGCUGAGGAUGAUGACUCAGAAUGGGAUGCCCACCAAAACCCAGCCCAUCCAAUCGGUGCCAAUGGAAAUGUCGACUUAGCUCAAUCAGUGGUGCAGCUUCAGAUAAAUGAUCAGCGCUUUGAGGAUGCAGAGGAAAUAGAGCAGGAUGGUAGCAAUGGUCAUCACUAAACUUCCCAUUUCUUCUGUUUCAGAUUUGGAUAGCUCUACUACAGUUUGCUCAUUUUGAGCUUCGUGGACAUAACUAUGUUGUAUGGUGGAACAUAGCUGUUGUAUGGUAGAUUUUGUAGAUUUUGUAGAUUUUAUAAAACCUAUCAGUAAA